AUGUCGGCAAGUUUUCCCGUGCCUGCUCCUGGGCCGUUCAAUGCACAAUCACCUGCCUUCCCUCAAGGAGGUUUUGCUUUUCCCUCUGAAGCGUAUCAGCAGGGUUUCAACGCAAAUCCGUAUCCAACGGCCAAUGGUUCACACCCUACCAAUCCAAUGUUUGAUCCCAAGCAAAUGAACGGUAAACUUGCAUUGUCACCCUCUGCCGUGAUCAGUGCUUGA